AUGAAGGCCACGUUAGUGUUGCUGUUGUCGAUCUCGUCGUCGUUGCUGGCCGCUUGCCUGGCAACCCCGUUGGAGAAGCUGAGCGACAAGAUGAGCGUCCUCGAGCAGCAGUCCGUGACGCUCACGGAUCGGGCAAAGUACGAGGAGGAGCUGCUACGGAAGCUGAACUCCAAGUGCUCGCAAAACGACAUGAGCAGCUGCGUGAUGCUCAAGCUGGUCACGUACAUGAACAAGCUGCUUAAGAAGGCGUCCAUCAAGCUGACCGACGACAUCGAGAUCAGAAAAACGAGCCAAGCGUCCGAGGAGGUGAUCACGUUCGAGGCCGGGAGGAGCAAAGACGACGAGUCCGAGGUCCUCGACCUUGUCGCAAACAAGGUGUACGCGUUCGUCAAGUCGAGGAGCAUCAAGUGGAGGAUCCUGCCCGAGGACGAUGUCGUCGUCUCCGCAUCCGAGGACGGCAACGGAUCGUUCAACCUCGGAUUGUCCAUCGAGAGGGCGGACAACGUCCCUGCCCAAGAUGGUCGUGGGAAGAAGAACAACAACAUGGGUCCGUUGAUCGCCGCGGCCGUGUUGAAGAUCGGCCUGAUCGGCGGCCUCGCGUUCAAAGCGCUCGCUCUAUUGGUCGGGAAAGCGUUGCUCCUCUCCAAGAUCGCCCUCUUGCUGGCCGGUAUAAUAGGCCUGAAGAAGCUCUUCUCCCAGCAGAAGCACGUGACGUACGAGGUGGUGGCCCAUCCUCAUCACAGCUCGAGCCACACGUUCAGCUCGGACCACGGCCACGGCGACAGCUACUCGAGCGGUUGGGCGAGAAGUUUCCAGGAGCCGGUUUCCGGUGUUCAGAGCGACGCCCACGAGCUGGCCUACUCGGCUCACGCCAAGUAAAAAGAAGAAGAAGAAGGAGAAGAAGAUGA